CGCCCACCCCACCCCUCUCUUCUCGGCUUCCCGCCGCGGCGGCGGCUCUGGAGGCGCCGUCGACAUGAAGCCCUCGCCGCACUUCCCGGAGAUCGGGAAGAAGUCCAAAGAUUUGGUCGCCAAGGACCACAGUUUCAACAUCGCGGCCUACAUAUCGUCUGGAGCGGAUGUUAUUGCUGAUGCCCUGCGGAAGCAUGUUGAGGAGGAAGCUCGAGAUCUCAGCGGUGAAGCUUUCCUACGGUUUAUGGAUCAGCUCUAUGACCAGAUAUAUGCUUUAUUGCAAAGUACCGACGUUUCUGAGAAUUUGCUGGCUCUUCGUGCUAUCGAUGCGUUGAUUGAUAUGCCCUUCGGGGAAGGUGCCUCAAAGGUCUCUAAGUUCGCCAGUUUCUUGAGAAAUGUGUUUGAAGUAAAGCGUGACCCCGAAAUCCUAGUUCCAGCGAGCACAGUGCUUGGUCAUUUAGCGAAAGCUGGGGGAGCAAUGACUGCAGAUGAAGUUGAGCGACAGAUUAAAACUGCUUUAGGGUGGCUUGGUGGGGAUCGAGUGGAGUACCGUCGCUUUGCAGCUGUUCUUAUUCUCAAAGAGAUGGCUGAGAAUGGUUCUACAACCUUUAAUGUUCAUGUUCCUGAAUUUGUUGAUGCUAUAUGGGUAGCACUGAGAGACCCCAAGCAAGCUGUACGCGAACGAGCAGUAGAAGCCUUGCGUGCUUGUCUUCAUGUUAUUGAGAAGCGGGAGACGCGGUGGCGCGUACAGUGGUAUUACCGCAUGUGUGAAGCAGCGCAAGUUGGACUUGGCAAAAAUGCUUCUGUUCAUAGCAUUCAUGGCUCGUUAUUGGCUGUUGGAGAAUUGUUGAGGAAUACUGGGGAAUUUAUGAUGUCUAGGUACAGAGAAGUGGCUGAUAUAGUCCUCACGUACUUAAAACACCGGGAUCAGCUUGUUCGUCGUAGUAUAACAUCUCUUCUUCCUCGAAUUGCGCACUUCCUGCGAGACAGAUUUGUGACCAACUACCUAAAGAUAUGCAUGGAGCAUAUCCUGUUCGUUCUAAAAACCCCAGAUGAGCGUGCUAGUGGGUUUGUUGCUCUUGGAGAGAUGGCUGGUGCUUUGGGUGCAGAACUUGUCCCCAGUUUGCCCUCAAUUACCCCACUUUUGCAUGAAGCGAUUGCUCCUCGCAAAGGACGGCCAUCUCUUGAAGCUAUUACUUGUGUUGGAAGCUUUGCAAAAGCUAUGGGUGUUGCAAUGGAACGGCAUAUUCGUGGUGGAUUGCUAGAUGCAAUGUUUUCUGCCGGCCUUUCUGAUAAACUUGUAGAUGCACUUGAGUCUAUAAGUACUAGCAUCCCGUCUCUACUGCCAACAAUACAGGAGCGCUUGUUGGAUUGUAUAUCUCAAGCACUUCCAAAGUCAUCCACAAGGCCUGGUGCUACUGUUAAUCGGGCAACCAGAUCCAGCAGUAUGCAGCAGUUUGUGGAUUCUAGUGGUCCAGUCCUUGUCCAACUUGCUCUGCGUACUCUAGCAAACUUCAACUUUAAGGGUCAUGAGCUCCUGGAAUUGGCAAGAGAGAGUGUCAUCCUUUAUCUGGAAGACGAGGAUAGCAGUACCCGAAAAGCUGCUGCGAUAUGCUGUUGCAGAUUAGUCGCACACUCUCUUUCUGCUUCAUCUACUACACAGUUGAGUUCAAAUCGGUCAAAUCGUAUGGGAGGAGCUAAGCGCCGUCGCCUUGUAGAAGAGAUAGUGGAGAAACUUCUUAUUGCUGCCGUUGCUGAUGCUGAUGUUGGUGUUAGGAGUUCAGUCUUCAAGGCUCUGUAUCGAAAUCCAACUUUUGAUGACUUCUUGGCUCAAGCUGACAUCCUGACUUCAAUUUUUGUUGCCUUAAACGAUGAGGAGUAUGGUGUAAGAGAACUGGCAAUAUUAGUAGCAGGCAGAUUGUCUGAAAAAAAUCCUGCAUAUGUACUGCCUGCCCUUCGUCGCUAUCUUAUACAGUUGCUCACUUAUCUUGAUCAAAGUAUGGAUAGCAAAUGCAGAGAGGAAAGUGCUAGAUUAUUGGGCUGCUUAAUUAGGAGCUGUCCACGGCUAAUACUUCCUUAUAUUGCUCCAAUCCACAAGGCGCUGGUGGCUAGGCUUUGUGAAGGAACAGGACCAACGGCCAACAUUGUGCUUGCUGCAGGAGUACUUGCAACUGUUGGAGAACUGGCCAAAGUGGGUGGUUUUGCAAUGAGGCAAUAUCUUCCGGAGCUAAUGCCUCUGGUUGUGGAUUCUCUUUUGGAUGGAGGUGCUGUGAGUAAAAGGGAAGUUGCAGUAGCAACCCUUGGACAAGUUAUUCAAAGCACAGGCUAUGUUAUUGCUCCGUAUAACGAGUAUCCCCCAUUGCUUGGCUUAUUGUUGAAGUUGCUAAAUGGUGAAUUGGAAUGGUCGACUAGACUGGAAGUGCUGAAGGUUUUGGGGAUUAUGGGCGCGUUGGAUCCUCAUGCACAUAAGCGUAAUCAACAUAAUUUACCUGGUCAGCAUAGAGAGGUUCUGCGGCCAACAAUUGAGACUGCACAGCAUAUUGUUUCCAUGGAAGAAAUACCUACUGAUUUCUGGCCAUCUUUUUCGGCAUCUGAAGACUACUAUUCAACAGUUGCAAUUAGUUCUCUCAUGCGAAUUCUUCGAGAUCCUUCCCUUGCAAGUUACCAUCAGAUGGUUGUUGGCUCCCUUAUCUUUGUUUUUAAGUCAAUGGGCCUUGGCAGUGUUCUUUAUUUACCAAAGGUUCUUCCUGAGUUAUUCCGUGCUGUUCGUAUGUGCGAGGAUGGUGGUUUGAAAGAGUUCAUAACCUGGAAACUCGGGACAUUAGUAUCAAUUGUUCGGCAGCACAUUCGGAAGUAUUUACAGGACAUGCUCUCUCUCGUCUCCGAAUUAUGGACUUCCUCAUUCAGCUUGCCUGCACCAAAGCGGACCAUACAGGGUCCGCAGGGUUCUCCAGUUCUACAUCUUGUCGAGCAGCUAUGCUUAGCAUUGAAUGAUGAGUUCAGGGUGUAUUUACUCCAUAUUUUACCAAGUUGUAUUCAAGUCUUGGGUGAUGCUGAACGCUGCAAUGAUUAUUACUAUGUUCCUGACAUAUUGCACACACUUGAAGUGUUUGGCGGAAAUUUGGAUGAGCACAUGCAUUUGGUUGCUCCAGUGCUUGUUCGUUUAUUUAAAGUGGAGCUAGUUGAUAUUAGACGGCAUGCCAUUGUCACUUUGACUAAGCUUAUACCAAAGGUGCAGGUUGGUACUCAUGUAUCAGCGUUAGUGCAUCAUCUGAAGCUCGUCUUGGAUGGAAACAACGAUGAUUUACGGAAAGAUGCUGCAGAGGCGCUCUGCUCGCUCGCACAUGCUCUCGGAGAGGAAUUUACAAUUUUCAUACCAUCGAUUCGUAAACUUCUUGUGAAGCACCAUUUGCGGUACAGAAAAUGGGAUGAGAUUGAAAAUCGACUACUCAGGCGAGCGCCGCUCAUCUCCGAUAACUUGUCAGUACAAAAGUAUACACAGUGUCCACCUGAUGUCAUUAGUGACCCUCUUGAGGACUUUGACGGUGUUCCUUCGGAGGAAUCUGAUGAAACACAGCGGCAACCAAGAAGUCAUCAAGUCAACGAUGUUCGCUUGAGAAGUGCUGGCGAGGCUUCCCAGAGAAGUACUAGAGAAGAUUGGGCUGAAUGGAUGAGGCACUUCAGUAUUGCGCUUCUUAAAGAGUCACCAUCUCCAGCUCUACGCACCUGCGCAAGACUAGCACAGCUCCAGCCUUCUGUUGGACGCGAGUUGUUUGCUGCGGGUUUUGCAAGUUGCUGGGCCCAAAUGACUGAAUCAUCACAAGAGCAACUAGUGAGAAGUCUCAAGACAGCAUUCUCAUCUCAAAAUAUACCUCCAGAAAUUCUUGCAACGCUGCUGAACUUGGCUGAGUUUAUGGAACACGACGAGAAGCCUCUUCCGAUUGAUACUAGGCUACUUGGUGCGCUUGCUGAGAAGUGUCGAGCAUAUGCAAAAGCCCUCCAUUAUAAAGAAAUGGAAUUUGAAGCUGUAUGUUCCAAGAAGAUGGGUGCAAAUCCUGUUACGGUGGUUGAAUCCCUUAUUCAUAUUAACAAUCAACUACACCAGCAUGAGGCAGCUAUUGGAAUAUUGACUUACUCGCAAGAGCAUCUAGAAGUUCAGUUGAAGGAAUCCUGGUAUGAGAAAUUGCACCGAUGGGAUGAGGCUCUAAGGGCAUAUACCAUGAAGUCAUCUCAAGCGUCUGGCCCAUUGCAAAACUUAGAUGCUACAUUGGGGCGGAUGAGGUGCCUAGCAUCCUUGGCUCGUUGGGAAGAUUUAAGCACAUUAUGCAGGGAGCAAUGGACCGGUUCAGAACCAUCUGCUCGUCUGGAAAUGGCUCCAAUGGCUGCAAAUGCUGCCUGGCAUAUGGGUGAGUGGGACCAGAUGUCUGAAUAUGUUUCUCGUCUGGAUGAUGGGGACGAAAACAAGCUCCGCUUGUUGGGUAAUACAACCGCUAGUGGUGAUGGAAGCAGUAAUGGUGCUUUCUUUAGGGCUGUUCUUUCAGUUCGUUGCAAAAAGUAUGAAGAAGCCCGUGUAUAUGUUGAGAGAGCUCGGCGUUGUUUGGCAACUGAACUUGCUGCAUUGGUACUUGAGAGUUAUGAGCGUGCUUAUAAUAACAUGGUGCGGGUUCAGCAGCUUUCAGAACUGGAAGAGGUGAUUGAUUACUGUACUCUUCCUAUGGAAAGUCCAAUUGCUGAUGGGCGAAGGGAACUUAUCCGUAAUAUGUGGAACGAGCGCAUUAAAGGAACAAAACGGAAUGUCGAGGUGUGGCAAGCCCUACUUGCUGUUAGAGAGUUGGUUCUUCCUCCUAAUGAAGACAGAGAUACCUGGAUAAAAUUUGCGAAACUUUGCUGGAAGAGUGGACGUAUUAGUCAGGCUAAAUCUACUUUAAUCAAACUCUUACAGUUUGAUCCGGAAUCUUCUCCUGAAUUGACACUGUAUCAUGGGCAUCCUCAAGUAGUCCUGGCUUACCUGAAGUACCAGUAUGCUGUUGGAGACGAGCUUAAACGAAAGGACGCAUUUUCUAGGCUACAGGAUUUGUCUAUGCAGAUUGGUACUGCCACAAAUACUUACUCUGGAAUGUUAGUAAGUCAAGGUGCUGUAUCUAAUGCUGAAGUACCACUUAUUGCUCGUGUCUAUUUGACACUUGCUAGCUGGAAGAGAGCACUGUCUCCCGGGUUAGAUGAUGAUGCCAUUCAAGAAAUAUUGGUUUCAUACAAAAAUGCCACACUAAGUGCCAAGGAGUGGGGCAAGGCAUGGCACUCUUGGGCUUUGUUUAACACUGAAGUCAUGUCCCGAUAUACUCUGAGAGGCCGUCCAGAUUUAGCUGGAAAAUAUGUUGUUGCAGCAGUAACUGGAUAUUUCUACUCUAUUGCGUGUGCAUCUACAACUAAAGGUGUCGAUGAUAGCUUACAGGAUAUUCUCCGUCUCUUGACUCUUUGGUUCAACCAUGGGGCUACCUCAGAGGUUCAAAUGGCAUUGGAGAAUGGCUUUUCACUUGUGAAGAUUGAAAUGUGGUUGGUUGUGCUGCCCCAGAUAAUUGCAAGGAUUCAUUCAAAUAAUAGAAUAGUUAGAGAACUGAUACAGGAAUUGCUAGUUCGAAUUGGAAAGGGGCAUCCACAGGCAUUGAUGUAUCCUCUUUUGGUUGCUUGCAAAUCAAUAAGUAUAUUAAGGCAACGCGCAGCACAGGAGGUUGUUGAUAAGAUCCGGCAGCAUAGUGGAGGCCUUGUUGAUCAGGCACAGCUCGUUUCAAAGGAACUGAUACGAGUUGCCAUUUUGUGGCAUGAGAUGUGGCACGAAGCUCUUGAGGAAGCUAGCAGGAUGUACUUUGGUGAGCACAAUAUCGAUGGAAUGCUUGCAGUACUUGAGCCAUUGCAUGCAAUGCUUGAGAAGGGGGCUGAGACAAUAAAGGAGAAUACUUUCAUUCAGGCUUAUGGACAUGAAUUACUUGAAGCUCAUGAAUGCUGCUUAAAAUAUCGUGCUACUGGGGAGGAUGCUGAGCUAACCAAGGCAUGGGAUUUGUAUUACCAUGUUUUCAGAAGAAUCGACAAACAACUCCCAAGUCUUACAACUCUUGAUUUGCAUUCUGUUUCACCUGAGCUUCUCAAAUGUCGAAAGUUGGAGCUGGCUGUACCAGGAACUUAUUCCGCAGAUUCACCACUUGUGACUAUCGAGUAUUUUGUUCCACAAUUGAUUGUUAUAACAUCCAAACAAAGACCGAGGAAACUGACAAUUCAUGGAAGUGAUGGCAAUGAUUAUGCAUUCUUGCUUAAAGGUCAUGAAGAUUUAAGGCAAGAUGAACGUGUUAUGCAGCUUUUUGGUCUGGUGAAUACUCUCCUGGAGAACUCUAGGAAAACAUCAGAGAAAGAUUUGUCAAUCCAAAGAUAUGCUGUUAUUCCUUUGUCUCCUAACAGUGGAUUAAUUGGAUGGGUUCCAAAUUGUGACACGCUUCAUGCUCUGAUCCGUGAAUACAGAGAUGCAAGGAAGAUUUUCUUAAAUCAGGAGCACAGACUUAUGUUAGCGUUUGCACCCGAUUAUGACCACUUGCCCCUCAUCGCGAAGGUGGAAGUAUUUCAGCAUGCCCUGCAGAACACCGAAGGAAAUGACCUUGCAAAGGUUCUCUGGCUGAAAAGUCGAACUUCUGAAAUAUGGCUAGAGCGGCGUACAAAUUAUACAAGAAGCCUGGCUGUUAUGAGCAUGGCUGGCUAUUUGCUUGGUUUAGGAGAUCGGCAUCCAAGCAAUCUUAUGUUAGAUCGCUAUAGCGGGAAAAUUUUACAUAUUGAUUUUGGUGAUUGCUUUGAGGCAUCAAUGAAUCGAGAAAAGUUCCCUGAAAAAGUACCAUUCCGUUUGACUAGAAUGCUCGUGAAAGCUAUGGAAGUUAGUGGUAUUGAGGGUACUUUCAGAACAACUUGUGAAAAUGUGAUGCAAGUUCUUCGAACAAACAAGCACAGCGUCAUGGCUAUGAUGGAGGCAUUUGUACAUGACCCGCUAAUCAAUUGGCGGUUGUUCAAUUUCAAUGAAGUUCCUCAAGUUUCAAACCAUGGAAAUGCCCAUACUCAUACAGUGGUGAGUAGCGAAGAAGCUGCUCCUAAUGAAGAGCUCAUGCAACCUCCUCGUGGAGCCCGUGAGAAGGAACUGCAACAGGCGGUCAAUCAACUCGGUGACGCUAAUGAAGUUUUAAAUGAGCGUGCUGUAGCUGUCAUGUCUCGGAUGAGUCACAAGCUAACAGGGCGUGACUUUUCUUCUGGGUCAGCAAUAGCAGGAGCUGGCAGCUCCAUCCAACAUGGUAGUGAACAUUUAGCCUCGGUAGAUGCUCGGGAGGUAGAACCUGGAUUAUCUGUGAAGGUUCAGGUUCAGAAGCUUAUACUUCAAGCGACUUCUCAUGAAAAUUUGUGUCAGAACUAUGUCGGGUGGUGUCCCUUUUGGUGAGCUCUGCUAACCAAAUCUCAUGUACAUACUGUAAAUACCGUGUACAUAGGUAGUAGGCAUGUUGUAUCGUCUUCUUAUUUUGGAUGAAUGUGGUAUAUCCUGUAUCCUAACGUGUGCAGUGCUGUAAGUAAUCACAUAUGUUAAUAGAACCAAUUAUUGGCCCUAUUUUCCCCUA